CUUAACGUGGGUGGCGGCAAACGUCUAUCUAACCAAUAGAAGAACAGAUGAAAAUGCAAUAAAUGCACAGGCAGCACGUUCAGACGGACGAACCCAAAAUCGAUUCUGGAAUGAUUCAUUAACUACAAUGAGCAGUUGCGAUAUUCCUAAAUCUCCUAACGGGUUUUCGGUCGUCGCCUGAAAGUUACUGUCAUGCCAGUCGCGGAGCUUCAGGUUCAGGACACCUCACUGUGCCAAUAUGCCAGCAAUAUCGCUGUAGCUUUAACUGCGUUCUGUGUCGUUUACCUUGUGUUGCAUGAAAUUAAAUGGAGGCGAAAUUUAGCCAAUAUUCCUCCAGGUCCAAAACCGUGGCCUUUUGUUGGCAACUGUGGGCAUUUUAUCACUCCUGGUUUUGUUUCAGAACUGCUCAGAAAAUACAGUGGUGGAACAUGCGAACCAAGAAACCUCGCAGUUCUGUUGCCACAUAUUCUAAUGGAACAAUCUCACAUUUACGGUAAUAUCUGCAGCUUUUUUGUUGGAAAGCAACUGGUUGUUAUAUUAACAGGCUAUGAAGUUAUUAAGGAUGCCCUACUAAACCGAGCAGAUGUGUUUUCAGACAGACCCGAUAUUCCUAUCAUUACAAUUCUUACAAAACGAAGAGGGAUCGUGUUUGCCCCCUAUGGGUCAGUGUGGAGACAGCAACGGAAAUUCUGCCACACCAUUCUACGGAACCUUGGGCUGAGCAAACUGGGUCUGGAGUCCUGCGUCCAAGAGCUAGGGUUUGUCAAAUCAGAGUUGCGGAAACGCAGCGAGGUAGGCAUGGUUGACCUGGUUCCCCUCAUCAGCACUGCAGUGUCCAACGUUAUCUGCUCCAUCAGCUUUGGCUGCCGCUACUACCACCAGGACCAGGAGUUCCGUACCAUGCUGGACCUCAUGGCCAGAGGGCUGGAGAUCAUCGCCGAUCGGUCAGCUGUUCUUAUCAACGUUUGCCCCUGGCUCUAUUACGUACCUUUUGGCAUCUUCAAGGAAAUUCGAAAGGUGGAGACUGAUGUCAGUUGUUUCCUGAAAGCAAUCAUUGCCCAGCACAGCUCCAGUCUGGACCCAGACAACCCUAAAGACCUCAUUGACAUGUACCUAGUAGAGACAGCUCGGCGGCAGGGCAAAGCAAUAUCUGAACAGGCCAGCUUUUCUGAGGAUUACCUCUUUUACAUCAUCAGUGACCUAUUCGUUGCUGGAACUGACACCACUACGAACACCAUACUCUGGACCUUGUUGUACAUGUGUAUAUACCCACAAGUGCAAGAGAAGGUUCAAGCGGAGAUAGAUUCUGUAGUUGGGUUGGACAGACCACCAUCACUGGAGGACAAGGCUAGUUUGCCAUUCACAGAGGCGACCAUCAUGGAGGUACAGAGAAUGACAGCAGUGGUUCCCUUGGCUGUACCUCAUAUGGCUUCAAAGACUACAGUGUUCCGUGACUACACCAUACCGAAAGGCACGGUGAUUCUCCCAAAUCUCUGGUCAGCCCUCCGAGACCCCGCUCUGUGGGAAGACCCAGACACCUUCAAUCCCUUCAGAUUCCUCACUGAAGAUGGCCAAAUUCUGAGAAGGGAGUGCUUCAUUCCAUUUGGCAUAGGCCGCAGGGUGUGCAUGGGCGAGCAGCUGGCCAAGAUGGAGCUCUUUUUGAUCAUCUCAGGCCUGAUACAGGCCUUCACCUUCAGGCUCCCAGAGGACCAGGCUCCUCCACCAAUGCAUGGGAGGUUUGGUUUAACGCUGGCCCCAUGCCCCUACAGAGUCUGUGUGACCCCACGUCCAGUCGUCCAGUGAAUAACUGAACCUGGCAGAAUCAUAAAUUUGACAUCAAAAGAAAAUGGCAAAAAUUCUGCGCAAAACUGAAGGGGAUGCUCCUAGCCACACUACAAAUACACUAUAUAUGCAAGAAGCCAGAUCAUUUGUUUAUGAACAAACCCAACCCCCUUGUCAGCACUGUGGUGUCCAACGUGAUCUGGGUGGGCACUGAACUGCACUAUGGCAGCCUGGAACUAAACUAAAUAUUAGCAACAUUAAAGAACCAUCCAGUUCUUUACAUUCAAGUCUGCCAAUUUAUCUGCAAACCAUACAUCUGUACAUUCAAUGCAAGUAGCUUAUUCUUGUACAGUAAAAAUGUAAGACACAAUAGACAGUUUGAGCACUUUUGAAUUACAGUAAUCAACCAUUACAUCUCCUCACUUGAACAAUAAAUGCUAAAUAAACUUAGCCUGUACAACACACAUUGAUAAGUCUUGCUAAUUCUUUUGCACACUGAUUUUAUUCUGUCCAUCCCACCCUAUUUUUUCAUGUAUUAAUAUAUUUUUAGUUAAGGCUGGCUCCCUUGAAGCUUUAAAGAACUUUGUAAUGCUUCAUAUUAUACACUGUGGGAAACGCAACAAUCCGGUGGAGGGAGUGCGAUGCUCUGGGCAUCGUUCUACUGGGAAACCCCUGGCACUCAUGUGGACGUCAGUUUGACACAUGGCACCUACCUAAACAUUGUUGAGGACCAAGUACACCCCUUCAUGGCAA